AUGUCACUCAAAUAUCUUAUCACAGGCGCCACAGGAGGUCUUGGUUCACAGGUGCUUUCCUACCUCGUUGAUAAUGUCCCCGCAUCUGAAUACGCUGCCGCAUCUUCAAACGAGUCCAAUCGCAAGCGGUUCGAAGAUCGAGGUAUUGCCUUCCGUGUGGUCAAUUAUGAUGAUCCUGAAUCCAUGGAAAUUGCGUUCAAAGAUGUAGAGAAUCUUUUGUUUGUUAGCACCAACACAUUCGAUGUUGCGAAGCGAGAGAAGCAACAUCAAAACUUCAUCAAUGCUGCAAAGAAGAUGAGUGUCAAACAUGUAUGGUACACGUCUCUGGCCUUUGGUGGGUUCAAGGACUCCAGAGCCGAUGUCCAACAGGCUCAUUUGAUCACCGAGGAGAUGAUGCGCAAAGCCGACAUCAAUUUCACAUCGAUCCGCGAAGGACUGUACACCGAUGCCUUCCCAGUCUUCAUGGGUUGGUAUCCCAGUACCUCCAAGAUAUAUUUGUCCGGCGACGGUCCAAUUGCCUUCACGUUACGAGCAGAGCUAGGCGAAGCCACUGCGCGGUUGAUGGUCCAAGGUGGACAUGACAGGGAAAUCGUUCUUCUCACCGCACAGGAGACGGUUUCCUUUACCGACAUCGUCGAUGUGAUCAAUGAGACCACCGAUCGGCAGGUUGAAACAGAGAUCGUCUCUCCAGAGGAAUUUGUGAAAAUAAAGACAGCCACUGACGAGGGAGGAAAGCCAAAAGGCUUCUUUCGCGCUUUGGAGACAUGGCAUGCCGCGAUAGCAGAAGGUGAUGCUGGGUUCACUGAUCCGCUCAUGGCAACCCUGUUAGGAAGGAAACCGACGCCGGCCCGAGAGGCUGUUCGGGCAUUAUUGAAGGAGAAUCGGGACUAUGAGUGGCACCAGAACUAUGCGAAACGCGGUUAA